CCAACGGUUGACAAGCUGGGCUGUAUUAAUUCCAUGCAACUGGUAAUUGGUUUUCGGCAAAAUACAAAUAUCGCUGGUAUCAUGUUUUGACAUUUUCGAGCGAAUAUAAUUCCUGAAGGAAGUUCCCACUACAGUUACAAAUAUCAACGGUCACUACUGCGCUAAACUAAACCGUUUUUUCGAUUACAGUUUUUUUUUUACAAUUCAGUAGCAGAAAAAUCGAGGAAGUUUGUUUGUUUUUUGUAUGCGACCAAAUGGAUGAUUGUAGGGUACAUGGCUUGAAGCAUGAUUCAGUCUUGAAAGGCCAAGAAGCGCUACUGGAAUGGUGCAAACAAAAAACCACUGGUUACAAAGACGUACGAGUCAUUAAUAUGACCGACUCAUGGCGGGACGGCCUGGCUUUUUGCGCUCUCAUCCAUAAAUUCAGACCAGAUUUAAUAAACUUUGAUGAUUUGACMAAAGACGACCCACAAAAGAACGUCAGCUUGGCGUUCACUGCAGCUGAAGAGCUUGGCAUUCCUGCUUUAUUAGACGUCGGAGAUGUAGUGGACACCAUUCCAGAUGAGCUGGCCAUGCUUACGUACGUGUCGCAAUUUUACCACAGGUUUAAGGACCAAGACACAGAGCAUGACAAUCAUCCAGAAACGAAGAAGAAGCUCAGAUACAUGCUUGAUAUACUGUGCGACGAGGAGUCCAGACGAAAGCUWAACUUCUGACGCCCGUCCACUUUUGUGGCCGAUUAUUUUAAAGAAAAAGCUAAAAGCCCAUGUUAACUGUCAGCGAUUCAUAUUUAAUACGGACCAAGACGUUGACCACUCUCACUUUUUUCAUUUAAAUUCAAAUAGAAAAUGAUUUCAAUGGAAUCAUUGCGCUUUAAUCGAAACAUUAGCCAGGCUGACRUUAAUGAAUGUGGGCUGAUUCCAGUCUUUUCAAGGGCCCCACCUACUCUAAUGUAUUUUGAAGAAGAUUCAUUUUAAACCGGAGACCAAACUGACAUUAGAGUGGACAGGACAUGAGAACUAUUGUAAAACGGACGCGUGAUUAGGUUCAUUGGUAGCUGAUAUAACGACACAGAAGGCAGUAGAAAAAGGAAAAUCAGAAAGGUUGACGUUUUAUCUAUAUUUUAUGAAUUUCUUGUAUUGUUGGAGCCUAUUCUAUGUACAAUUUAUAUGAAACACAUCAAGACUUUAUUAAAGGAAAUUUUGAGGACAAUUAAAAUAUCGAAUAAAUACUGA